CCAUGGGGUCAGGGUCAGCCAGGAGGAUGCCUGACCUGCCGCUGGGCCGUCAAGUGAGUGACCUCAGACCCACUAGGCUUUAGCACAGGGCCCCAGGGAACUGCCCAGGGCAGGGGCUGGCAGCAGGCGGACACCGGGCAGAAGAGGGCGUGAGGAAAUGCUGACAGUCUGGGGCACUGCAGGGAGCACUUCCGCUGCCCAGGAAUUCCACCCAACCGGCUCUCCUGGCUCCCUAAGGACCUGCGGUGCUGCUGGCUGACCAUGCAUUGGGGGAGGAAGGCGGGGACUCUAAGGGCAACCCUCGGGGCCCCUGGAACCAACUUCUCAGACCCUGGGGGGGCAGCAGACACUAGUACCUCCUCCGGCCCCGAUGACCCAGCUCUGAGCCGGGAGGUGGCAACAUCUCGCAGUCAUGCCUGUCCUGCAGUGUGGCAGGGUUGGAAUGCAGUGGGCACAGCCCAGUCCCAGCCCCCUGGCCCACAGCUUCUCCAGGGCUGAGUCAGCAGUGCCAGGCUGGAGCCAGGUACAGACCUCUGGGCCUUGCUGGGCGUGGUGUGUCCUCCUAGUCAGGCCCUCUGACUCUCCUCUUGACCACCCCAGACCCCCAGCCCAAACCCAGACAAGGGCUCGGCGUGAGGCUGGCCACUCUCGGCCAGCAGCCAUAGGAAGCCAGCACUGGUCUCAGUGGGCGCCACACCCCGCACACCCUGUGUGGCUCCCUCCCCCACAGCACACGCUGACACAGGCCGCCACGCCUGUCCCUAGUCCCGCCCGCCAGGGGCCUGUUCUGGGUCAAGCCUGGGCACGACUUCCUGAGAGGACCAGAGGCGGGUGCUCCAGGCCGGGCUCUGCCGAGAUCAUGGCUUGGGGUAUGUGGGGCCGGGCCCAGGGGCCUCCCGUGGGGGCACUGACCCUGACAGCGCUGGCUGAGGGGAUCCGAGCCGGCCAGGGGCAGCCCACAGGGCCUCCUUCCACGGCGCCUGGGCCUGUUGUGGAGUCGGACAUUGGAGUGGUCCUGCCUGUGGCUGGAGCGGGGCCCUGCUCCCCAGCCUGUGCCCCGGAACCACAGGACUGUGAGGAGCCCCACCAGGUUCCCCCAAGCUCCUGGGAGGAGGGAGCCCUCGCCGACCUGGCCCUGUGCACGGCUGCCUGCAUGGAGGAGGCGGGCUACUCGGGCACCCAGGCCACAGCACUCACCCUGUCCUCAGCACUGGAGGCCCAGGGGCAGCGGCUGGAGGAACAGGUGCACGCGCUGGUGCGGGGGCUGCUGGCGCAGGUGCCCAGCCUAGCGGAGGGGAGGCCCCGGAGGGCCGCUCUGCGCGUGCUCAGUGCGCUGGCUCUGGACCACGCGCAGGACGUGGUGAGCGCGUUGUUGCCCUGCUCGCUGCCACCAGACAGGGCCGCCACCGAGCUAUGGCGCAGCCUGAGUCGGAACCAGCGUGUGAACGGGCAGGUGCUGGUACAGCUGCUGUGGGCACUCAAGGGCGCAGCAGGGCCGGAGCCUGAGGCCCUGGCGGCCACGCGCGCCCUCGGGGAGAUGCUGGCCGUGUCCGGCUGCGUGGGCGCCACGCGGGGCUUCUACCCGCACCUCUUGCUGGUGUUGGUCACGCAGCUGCACGAGCUGGCCCGGAGCACACGCUCUCCUGACAGCCCCAAGGUCUGGGCACCGUCAGAUCCGGGACCCCCGCAUGGCCACGCCAGCUGUGCCGUGGAGGCCUUGAAGGCCCUGCUCACAGGGGAUGGCGGCCGUAUGGUGGUCACAUGCAUGGAGCAGGCCGGAGGCUGGAGAAGGCUGGUUGGUGCCCACACCCACCUGGAGGGUGUGCUGCUGCUGUCCAGUGCCAUGGUGGCCCACGCCGACCACCACCUGCGGGGCCUCUUUGCUGACUUACUUCCACGGUUGCGUAGCACGAACGACACGCAGCGCCUCACAGCCAUGGCCUUCUUCACCGGGCUCUUGCAGAGCCAACCCACUGCGCGGCUCCUGCGGGAGGACAGCAUCUUGGAGCGACUCCGCGCCUGGCAGGGUGACCCUGAGCCCACCGUGCGCUGGCUCGGCCUGCUGGGCCUCGGGCACCUGGCUCUGAACCGCGGCAAGGUGCGGCAUGUGAGCACGCUGCUGCCUGCACUGCUGGGUGCACUAGGCGAGGGCGACGCGCGGCUUGUGGGCGCCGCGCUGGGCGCGCUGAGAAGGCUUCUGCUGCGACCACGGGCGCCUGUGACACUUCUAAGCUCGGAGCUGCGGCCACGCCUCCCACCUCUGCUGGACGAUGCCCGGGACUCGGUCCGCGCCUCUGCCGUCGGGCUGCUGGGGACCCUGGUGCGGCGAGGCCGUGGCGGGCUCCGGGUGGGGCUCCGCGGCCCCCUGCGGAAGUUAGUUCUCCAGAGUCUGGUGCCACUACUGUUGCGUCUGCAUGAUCCCAGCCGGGAUGCUGCUGAGAGCUCAGAGUGGACGCUGGCCCGCUGUGACCAGGCACUGCGCUGGGGGCUGCUGGAGGAGAUGGUCACUGUGGCCCAUUACGACAGCCCGGAGGCCCUGAGCAGAGUGUGUCACCGCCUGGUUCAGCGGUACCCGAGUCACGUGUGUCGCUUCCUGAGCCAGACACAGGGCUACCUCCGUAGUCCUCAGGGCCCCCUGCGCAGGGCAGCUGCCGUGCUCAUAGGCUUCCUCGUCCAUCACGCAAGUCCCAGCCGUGUGGACCAGGAUCUGCUUGAUGCCCUCUUGCAGGACCUGGGUCAGCUGCAGAGCGACCCGGAGCCAGCAGUGCUGUCCGCUGCUCAGGUGUCCGCCCAGCAGGUGGCGCUCCUGGCCCGCGCGCAGGCCCGACCCCGCAGCCCCCGCCUCGCCCGCUUGGUGCGCCUGGUGCAUGUGGGCCACCGGUUUGCACGCCCCCCCAGGCCAGAGCCCGUCUACACCGACAGCCCCUUCCAGCGUCGGAGCCUCGCAGGACGCUGGGGCUUCUCGGGGCCUGGCUGAGUGAGCAGGGCCUCACCCAGCCGUGCCUGUACUUGGCGCCAGAGCCAAGCCUGGGGGCACCUCAUUCUUCCAAGAACAACCUGUGACCCGCCUGGGGCCCAGACAGUGAGCAGUGCCUUGCAGGCACCAUCUCCCCAGCGGCCCCUCCCCCUUCUGCCAGUACUCUGCCUACCCCAUUCUGGGCGUGGUGUCCUCUGCUGCCCAGCCUCCCCAACACACUGACCACCUGUUCCCACUUCCCCCCUCCCCCGCCCCACCGUGCCCAUGGCUACUCCCCACUCCUAAGGUUUCUCUGGGAAGUCAACAGACUCCCCUGGGCCCACAGACUGGGGUCACACCUGGAGCUCAGGUCUGGGGUGAGGGCGUCAGACCCCUCCUACCUGAGUCCUCAGGCUGGCCCCCAGCAUCCGCCUGGCCUGAGUGAGGAAUGAGGAAGACAUGGACAGCCAGGGCCCCUCCAAGGCACUGCCACGCUCGGAGGCCUGGCAAGUGGGUCUGCCUGCAAAUCCUCAGGCAUCCCCCACACACAGCCACUUGGAGGGCAGCGACCACGCCCCCAGAUUGCGGCCUGUCCAGUAUGUCUGGAGAGAUGGCACUGGGCUAGGAGGCUUGCCUGGCAUGUGGCUCACCUGGGUUUGACCUCCAGGUUCUUUGAGCACUGCCAGGAGUAAACCCUAAGCACUGCCAAGUGUGAC